GCUGUCGCGUGCUAUGCCUUGAACAAACAUGAUUGGCAGGCAUAUCGCAUAACGCGUUCGCCCAGGACUUCCCAACAUCCACACCCAACGCCUAAACACUUCAAGUACCAACCCUAGCACCCCCACACCACUCCACCAUGCACAACCCCACCACCCUCCCCCCCGACGUAGCAGAAGCGCGCAAAACCCGCAUAAAUGAAGACCUAAUCCUCUGUUUCGCGCGCGUCAAAGGCCCCACCCCCUCCUCCGCCCAGGGCAUCGGACUAUACACGCACAUCGCCGGCCCGCACAGGAAAGCCCAACCCACGGCUGCAGAUCCCGAAUUCCUGCCCAUCGGCGGGCCGAGGCGCAUCGGGAGGGAAUGCGGCUUGGAAGCGGAGACUAGCGCGGAAAUUAAAAAUCUUUGGGAUGAAGUGCAGCGUGUGGUUGGGGAAGAGGAGGGUGGGGUGAAGGCGGGGAUGGGUGUGCGGGAGUUGGGGAGGAGGUAUGGGGCGUUGGAGGUUCCGGCUGGGGAGGGGGAGGUGAGGAGGAGUGAUAUGGAAGGUGGGCCUACGCACUCGACGAUGAGGGGAGAUGUAGCGAUGGGUGAUCUUGCGGAGAAAGCAACGCCGACGACGACGACAACGACCAAGACAGGCAACAUGUACGAGGCGAGUCGAGAUCCACGCCGCCGGCGUCUCUAACCAGGCAAACACGAUUUUGAGAAGACAUGAGUACAUUUGUGAAGGCGCAGGAGUAUUCGAGGAUCGCACAUAUACCCAUACAUUAAGAUUCUUCUUGCUGGUUCGAAUUUAU